GCCAAACGGAACGCUUUUACGAUCGCCGUCUUUCCGCUUUUCUCUUUACAUCUCAAGACUUACUUACAAGAUGCCUGGCGAUGCAAUGCUCUUUCUCUUUGGUGUCAUCAUGGCAGCCUUCUUGCUGUUCAUGAUGGUCUUUUUCGUAUCCUUUUGAAAUAUCGCUCAUGUUGCCUUGUGUUGUUAUUGUGAUCGAGAUGGCCCGUGUUCCAACCCAUUGCAGCUCCUUAGCAGGCUAAGCAGAUGCUUAAUGAAGUUGGAGCACAGUGCUUAGGACAACAAUAGUUGCCUCCUUACUGAACUCAUCGCGUAUAAUCCUUGACUUUGCAUCUAUUGGACAGGUCAUUAUGUUCUCCGACUUGGAAUGUGAUUACAUCAACCCUAUCGACCUUUGCAACAAGCUCAACCAGUUUGUACUUCCGGAAAUGGGUGCUCAGGCUUUCUUAUUCGCAAUGUUCUUGAUCAACGGUAGCUGGCUGGCAGCACUUCUCAAUCUCCCUCUUGUCGUCUUCAAUGUUCAAAAGGUUACUAACAACCGCCACAUGUACGAUGCUACUGAAAUCUUCCGUACAUUGUCUAUACACAAGAAGGAGUGCUUUUUCAAGCUUGCAUUUUACCUACUCUAGCUGGCGUUGGAAUGAAGAGUGUGCUAUUCGUCAAACCUCAAUAGAUAUUGAUAAAGAGCGCUAUGUUGUGAUUUUAUUUACUUUAUAUCCUUGUUACCUUGCUCUGGAUAAAAUUUUUGGUGUUUCAUUUAUAAACAUGAUACAAAACAAAGGGACAACAA